UUUGGUCACUGUAAUGAUCAAAUCACAACACCUGCUAGCAUUUUUAAAGUAACAGUGAUAAACUUGGAGACUGUUGUUUAAAAACAUAAAUAGAAAUAUUCAGCAGAAUAAAAUAAGGCGGAGUUUCGCUGAUAGUAUCACAGAUAGUUGGACUGGGAAGGAUUCUGAGAUCAUCUAGUUUAAUCCUUUUAUUUUCCAAUGAGUAAAUUGAGACAGACUUGUGACUAAAUUUAGAAAAUGACUAAAACUCAUACCUUCUUAUACUGAGUUUGGACUCUCCCUUUGAGCGUGUUCCUUUUGGGAAUCUGGGCAUUGCAGUUCUAAUUUUGACCACUCCUAGUGCCUAAGAAGCAUUACGGAUAAAACCCUGUUCCGUUGCCCUCUACCACUCUUUGCAGUGUCUAUUUUCUCCCCCAUGGCUAUGCAGCUCGCCCCCAAUUGAUUUGAAAAUACUGGCUGCUAAUGUACUAGUUGGUGUUUGUUAUGUGUCAGUUAACUUCAGUUCAAAAAUGUUUUCUGAAAAUACAGAUCAUACUGUAAGGGUACUCACCACAAAUGCUACCAACUAAAAGUACUGACUCUAUGUUAAUAGGGUAGAGAUUUGUGUUAAGAGUUGUGGGAUAAGCACAGAGGAAAUGGAAAGCAUUGUGAAAGUUAAGAAGAGAAAGACAAUCUAUGUCCAAGUAAUUGCUACAGGGAAUAAUGUGCUAAAUAAUUUUGUAGUUGCCUGAUACACUUCGAAGUCCAGCUUUCCAGAUUUGAAGAUUCAUAAAGACUGGACAACCUUUGAGACAGGAAAGACUGAACUUCUAAUAGUAGAAUGUUGUAAUACUUAGUGAGAUAUUCCUGAAAAGGGGUUAUUUUUGGUGCUGUAUAGAUCAUAUCGUAAAGGUACUCACGACAAAUAUUACCAACUCUAAGUACUGACCAUAUGUAAAUUCAUUUAGAGUUUAUCUUCACCACCAGAGAAUAAGUUUCUUGAGAGCAGAAACCCUAUCCCUCUUUGUCAUUGCUGACCUCUGUACCAAGGACUGUCAUGUUUUAAAAAAGGAUAUUAAAUGAAUGAAAGUUUGUUAGGCCUUGGACUGAUCUUCUCUGUAGAAGAUCCACUAUGAUUUAGAGAUAGAACCUAUUAUUCAUAGGCCCAGUCCAGUCAUCUGAGAAGAAGUAGAAUUGUUAAGGGAAGACAUGUUGGGAUCUUUGGAAGAGAAACUCAGUAGAUAUUUCUAAAUGUUUGUUACGGAUAAGCCACCGUAGAAUAGUGAAGAAGUGCUCCAUGACAUAAUGGACACUUUCAUAGUAGUGUUCAUGAUUUUAUUACAGGUCUUGUUCUCCUGAGCUCUCAUCUCUGAAACAGGUCUUGUAGAAGAGUAAAUGGGACACAGUAACAAUGUAACAGAAUUUGUCCUCCUGGGACUCACUCAGGAUCCUGAGGGCCAAAAAGUGUUAUUUAUCAUCUUUUUGCUCAUCUACAUUGUCACAAUGGUGGGCAACCUGAUUAUUGUCAUGACCAUUAUUGUCAGCCCCUCCCUGUACUCCCCCAUGUACUUCUUUCUUGCCUAUCUGUCACUCAUGGUUGCUAUUUAUUCCACUGCCAUUUCCCCCAAAAUGAUUCUAGACUUACUCUGUGGUAAAAUGACUACUUCUUUCCCAGCUUGCAUGGGCCAGCUCUUUAUAGAGCACUUAUUUGGUGGUACUGAGGUCUUUCUUCUGGUGACAAUGGCCUAUGACCGCUAUGUGGCCAUCUGUAAGCCAUUGCAUUACUUGACCAUCAUGAAUCGACAGGUUUGCAUUCUGUUGCUGGUGGUGGCCUGGGUUGGAGGUUUUUUGCACUCUGUGGUUCAACUUCUCUUUGUGUACAGCCUCCCAUUCUGUGGUCCCAAUGUCAUGGAUCACUUCAUCUGUGACAUGUACCCAUUAUUGGAACUUGCUUGUACUGACACCUAUUUUAUAGGUCUCACUGUGGUUGCCAAUGGUGGAGCCAUCUGUAUGGUAAUUUUUAUCCUUCUGCUAAUCUACUGUGGGGUCAUUCUAAGCUCCCUGAAGACUCUCAAUCAGAAAAGGAGGCACAAAGCCCUGUCUACCUGCAGCUCCCACAUCACAGUGGUUGUCCUCUUUUUUGUGCUGUGUAUUUUCUUGUAUGUUAGACCUGUUUCCAACUUUGCCAUUGAUAAAUCUAUGACUGUGGUUUUUACGGUUAUCACUCCCAUGUUGAAUCCUCUGGUUUACACCUUGAGAAAUUCUGAGAUGAAAAAUGCUAUGGAAAAAAUCUGGGGUAGAAAGUUAACCAAAAGUAGAAUAAGAAUGUGUGUCCACACUGAAAAUAUCAUUGCUAAAUCUUUAAAGUAACAAAUAGGCAGUUAAUUAUCGCAAUGAAUGAUUAAGUCAAUUCAACGGAUUCUCUAGGAAUACUACUCUUUAUUGAUGCGAAGGCAUAAAAAAAGUUAAAUAAAUUAUUCUUCCAGGUUAGAAUUAACCUAACAA